UUCCUGUUCCUGUGUGCAUUUCAUAACCUCUCCGCCUUCAUGUGUUUGGUGAAACAUGGCGGUUCCGUGGAGGCACUGUUGGAGAUGGAGCAUAACAAACUGCACCAAGACACGGUUAUCCAACUAUGCGGUGUUUUCCACGCUGUCUUCCCGGGGGCUGGGUCCCAUCGCCGGCGGGGCGCAGCAGGAGGUGCUUCCAUCAACACACCCGGUGAACUUUAAGUAUACAUUUCCCAGGCACAAACCGAGGCAGCUGUGGCCUGCGUCUCAGUUGCGCUGUUGUAAGAAGAUCCACAGUGACACCAAACUGAAGGACCCCUUCUCGCUCGCCCAGAAAGACCUCGCACAUUUAUAUGACGACAUCAAAAAGGAGCUGUAUGUGUCCGGGGCGGAGCUCAGGUCUCUGUGUGACUACUACUUCGACGGUAAAGGGAAAGCCUUCCGGCCCAUGAUAGUGGUGCUGAUGGCUCGAGCCCUCAACAUCCACAGCAACAGCAAGGGCACUGACCUGCUGCCAGGCCAGCGUUCGGUGGCCAUGAUCUCGGAGAUGAUCCACACGGCCAGCCUGGUGCACGACGAUGUCAUCGACGGGUCGGACCAGCGGCGUGGCAAGAGCACCAUCAACGACAUGUGGGGCGAGCGCAAGGCCAUCCUGGCGGGAGACUUCAUCCUAUCGGCGGCCUCCAUGGCGCUGGCUCGCAUCGGGAACACGACGGUGGUGUCGGUGCUGUCGCAGGUCAUAGAGGACCUGGUGAGAGGGGAGUUCAUGCAGAUGGGCUCCAAGGAGAACGAGAACGAGCGCUUCAAGCACUACUUGGACAAGACCUUCAAGAAGACGGCCAGCCUCAUCGCCAACAGCUGUCGAGCAGUGUCCAUCCUGGUGAACUCUGACCCGGAAGUGCAUGAGAUAGCGUUCCAGUACGGCAAGAACGUGGGCAUUGCGUUCCAGCUGGUGGACGAUGUGUUGGACUUCACGGCGUGCGCCGCUCACCUGGGGAAGCCGUCGGCGGCCGACCUCAAGCUGGGCCUCGCCACGGGCCCGGUGCUCUUCGCCUGCCAACAGUUCCCUGAGCUCCACUCUAUGAUCAUGAGGCGCUUCUCCUCCCAGGGAGACGUGGAACGCGCCUGGCAGUACGUCCUCGAGAGCGACGGCGUGGAGCAGACUAGCUACCUGGCGAGGCACUACUGCGACGAGGCCGUCCGCCAGGUGAGCCGGCUCCGCCCCUCCCCGGAGCGCGACGCCCUCAUCAGGCUCACCGAGAUGGUGCUGACCCGGGACAAGUGACCCCGGGUGACCUCUGGUCCCCGGACGACCCCUCCCUGGCCCCGCCCCCUUCAGGCAGCUGCUGAUAGGACAACUCGACUCAAGCCAAGCCCCUGUUGGGGCCAGUGUUGUUCGCCGGACUCCUUGUCAUGGCGUCGGUGCUACUCUGAACUGGCCAAUCCCGGAGUGCCGCAGUGAUGACAUCAUGGCAGGGAGUGUCACAACUGCCAGGAAUUAACUGAAAGAAACGCAGAGCGGGGGUCCGUCGUUUAACUUUGCUGUCUCAACUGUCUACACCCAAACAAAUCCAACAGUAUGCCAAAAGUCCUAUAUGAUAUAAAUAUAUUUAUUAAAAGAGUGGUUUACACUCCUGUGUGUUACAGUUGAUGAAUUGGAGAAUCCCAAAUACUACGAAUUUGAGUCUUUUAGAUGCAGCGGAAUUAACCAAUUUGAGCGAAUUCUAGUCCACCGCACUGAACAACACUAAACUCUCACGUCACGUUUCGGUGUGUAUUGCGUACUGCAGCUACCUCUCUUGUCACUCUAUUAAACACGGCUAGUGCAAGUCAUGGCUCCCAUCGAUUCUGUCUGAAUCGAUGGGAUUCCACAAGCGUUGGAAGGGUGUCAUUGUCGUGUGUUUAUGUGAUGGUCAACACACUCCAGGUACAGAAGUUAUUAAAAUAUCCAUACCGGAAUUUCCCCAAAACCCUGUAGAUUGGCUAAAUAGUGCUAAUGCAUAAGGGUUGAAAGUGAAAACAAUCAAGUUCAAUGGGAAGACUUUGACUUAACCUGGAGUUUUUCCACCGUCCUCACCGUUAUAGGCUGACAUUUGUGUGAACUUGUGUGUAUAUCCAAACUGUUGUGAGAAUGCCAGUGUUUCUGUAUAAAGAAGUGCUCUUUAACAGCUAAGGCCUUUACAUCCACCAAUGACCGUGUACUCUCAUUAAAGAGAUGUUUUUU